AUGGAAACCUCAACAACUAGUAAUCCAAAUACUUCGAAUUAUCCUCGAAUUGUGAUCGGUCUUAGUCGCGGUCAGGAAAAGCCCAAUGUUUCUUUGGUGACCGCUGAAGCGCGUGAAUUAGGCUACGAUUUUGUCAUUCUUCCUAUCACAUUUCCUAGUUAUAGGCGUUUCUUGUUUGAACAGCUUAUAGGCAGUGUUGAUGUAAAUGAAAAAAAAAUUAUGGAAGAAUGGAGAAAAGGUCAUCCAUUUUGCAGAGAAGAUUUAGUAGUGAAAAAUGCAGGUAAGUUGGUUAAUACUCUUAAAAAGAUUCCUUUGGUCCUUGAAGAUGAGAUGUUGGGAUUGAAAGAAACAGAAACAUGGAUGCGAUGGAACAAAUUUAGAGCCCUUUGUGAAAAUCACUAUAAACCUAAUUUUAUCAUUGACUGCACGACUGAUGUUCCUAAUCAUGCAAGCGGCGGACUUUCUGCAUAUCAGGAAUAUUUGCAUUAUUUAAAUCGCACAAUGCCUGAGUUGACCCAAGUUGAACAAUUCGCCUUAGAAGCGGCCGAGAAAGCACGAAAACGGGUUAAGGUAUAUGCUAUUGAAAAGAAUCCUAGUGCUUUUGUCAUGUAUGUUGCUGGUGGUAUAUCAAUACCUGCUUCUUACACGGCUUUUAUUUCACCAAUUUCAUCAUCAAAACUUUAUAAUGAGGUUGCGGCAUACAAAGAUCUGGCUCACUUUGAGACUCCAUAUGUUGUUAUGUUUCAAUCUGCUUCUGAGUUGGCCAAACCAUGUCAGGUUUGGCGUUUUGAUCAUCCAAAUGGGAAUAUUUCGGUUGACGAAAAUGGUUGGUCAUAA